AUGGCCUUACUCCGGGUAUCCGGAUCCCCAGGGGGCUGCUGGAGCGCGAGGACAGUCGCUGUUCACAAACUGUUUGGUUCUCAAGGGCUCUCAAACCUUUCGACACCGAUUCACGUCACGCCGAGACCCGUCAGUGGGAGGAAGAUCGGCUCGGGGCCGCCCGCGCCGCCUCUGCUGGAUCUUCCCGUCUCCCUCCCCCAGGCACGUUUUGGGGGUAAACCUCAACUGUUUCACAAGCUGACCCCCUCCUCUUUGUGUUUCAGCGUUGACAACAGUGAGUACAUGAGGAAUGGAGACUUCUUACCCACUCGCCUGCAAGCCCAGCAAGAUGCUGUCAACAUUGUGUGCCACUCGAAAACCCGCAGUAACCCCGAGAACAACGUGGGGCUCAUCACCUUAGCCAAUAACUGUGAAGUGUUGACCACGCUCACUCCAGACACAGGCCGGAUCCUUUCAAAGCUACACACGGUGCAACCCAAAGGGAAAAUUACCUUUUGCACGGGGAUCAGAGUUGCUCAUCUGGCUUUAAAACAUCGCCAGGGCAAGAACCACAAGAUGCGAAUCAUCGCCUUUGUUGGGAGCCCUGUAGAAGAUAACGAGAAAGACCUGGUGAAACUGGCAAAGCGUCUUAAGAAAGAGAAAGUCAACGUUGACAUCAUCAAUUUUGGAGAAGAGGAAGCCAACACGGACAAGCUGACUGCCUUCAUCAACACCUUAAACGGCAAGGAUGGCACUGGCUCCCACCUGGUGACGGUGCCGCCGGGGCCGAGCCUGGCCGAUGCCCUCAUCAGCUCCCCCAUCCUGGCCGGGGAGGGAGGUGCCAUGCUGGGCCUCGGCGCCAGCGACUUCGAGUUCGGCGUGGACCCCAGUGCGGACCCAGAGCUGGCUCUGGCUCUGCGCGUCUCCAUGGAGGAGCAGAGGCAGCGGCAAGAGGAGGAGGCCAGGAGGGGCGCGCGUGCUGGGGAGCUGCCUCUGCUUCUGCCGAAACUCCCAAAUGGAGGUGGACCCGCUUCUGUCCCGAAUGCUGCGGGGACGGGCUCUGCGCCAGCCCCCGUCCCACACGUGCCAGGGGACAGGGGUGGCACCGGCCCUGGCGGGGCAGGACCUUGCUGGUGGCUGAGGGUGGGUUCUGUCUGCGCAGAUUCGGACGAUGCUCUGCUGAAGAUGACGAUAACUCAGCAGGAGUUUGGCCGGGCCGGGCUGCCUGACCUCAGCAGCAUGACGGAGGAGGAGCAGAUCGCCUACGCCAUGCAGAUGUCGCUGCAGGGCGCGGAGUUUGCCCAGGCGGAGGCGGCAGAGGUGGACAGCAGCACAGCCAUGGAUACCUCCGAGCCCGCUAAGGAGGAAGACGACUACGACGUGAUGCAGGACCCUGAGUUCCUGCAGAGCGUGCUGGAGAACCUGCCGGGUGUGGACCCCAACAACGAGGCCAUCCGCAACGCCAUGGGCUCCCUGGCCUCGCAGGCCUCCAAGGAGAGCAAGGACAAAAAGGAGGAGGAGAAGUGA